AUGCCCACCAAACGCGCGCGCUCCUCGAGCGCGUCAAGUGCCUCCAUGUCCGCUUCUCCCACCACCACUCCCACCACCACUAACAUCCCACAUGCAGACGAGGAUCCAGAAGUUCCUAAGAGCAAACGAUGGUCCGAAGUUUCCGGAUCCGGCAAUGCCGAUUACAGCUACAGAGUGCGCAUGAAAGAUCCUGAAGCUGCCUAUUCAUUUAUCACUAUCUGCCGACUCCCGAAUUCCGACGAGGAUGAGGACGAUGACGAGGACGAGGACGAGGACGAGGACGAUGAAUUGGGUGAUGUCGACGAAAAUGAGAGUAAUGCGAACAACGAGAAACAACCACAACGACCCUGCGACGGUGGCAAAACUUGUCUCUGCAACAAGCCCUUAGCAGAGCACCCCGAUCACCCAUUCAUAAUCAGCAGGGCCGGCAUCCACAAACACUCCACGGCAAGGAUUUACCUUGAUCUGCGUUGUCCAGAUAUAUUUGGCAUGUACGUCUACAACGACUUUGAGUCCUACGGCGUCAUGGAGGUGGUCGAAAAUCUGGUAACGGAUUGGAUCGAGGCGGGAAGGGAGAAGAAUUGGAAGGAGCAGUGGGUUAUUAUCGAGGCUAUUGCGAUGAUGUUGACGAGCGACUCUCUUAAUCCUAUGCAGAUGUGUGAGGACUCUGACCGCGUGCAGGCACUAUUCAGCCUCGUCCUCCGCAUGGUCCUGUCCACAAUCUCCAACCUCGAACGUAUGGGCCUACUCAAAUCCGAGCCCGAAAUAAAAUCCCUCGGCUUCAUCAUGGCCCUCUACAUUGCCAACUUUGACCGCUGGCGACAAGUGUUGAUUGAAGAACCGACGGGACGGAAAUUCAACCCUGACAUAUUCGACGAGUACAUCCUCGCCUAUGCACAGAAAUACGACGUCCCGCUAAGAGGACCACCAAAACUUGACGAUAUUAUCAAACACAUUGAUACUAAGGAUAUCAAACUCCCGUCCUGCGAGCUCAAGGAUCCGUGGGGGUGGACAAAGGCAUUAUCUGAAUACAGAAAGGCGCAUGGAUAUAACAGAGGGUUUGUUGAGAUGAGGUCCAAGCUAAUAGGUGGUGAUAGAUACGAUAUUACCACGUGGUCACCUGAGGAGCGGAAAGAGCAUAGCUUCACGAAGAGAGAUCCGCUGGGGAAGACGGAGUUAGAUGCUCUUAAGCAGGGGCUGGUUUUGGAGCUUGCGGCGGCAUAA